GGCCUGGGCUGCUGGGAGAGCUGCUCGGGGAGAGGAGAGCCGAGCUCGCAGCUCCAGCGUGCGCCUUCCCGGGCAGCAUCACUGGGGCAGCAUCGCUGGGGCAGCAUCGCUGGAGCAGCCCCGCUGCCCUCGGCGCAUCAGCCCCGCUGGCGGCACGAAGAUGAAAUCGUCUGACAUCGACCAGGAAUUAUUCACUGAAAGUUACUGCAAGGUGUGCAGCGCUCAGCUGAUAUCCGAGUCCCAGCGCGUGGCCCAUUACGAGAGUCGGAAACAUGCCAGCAAAGUUCGCCUCUAUUAUAUGCUUCAUCCCAUAGAUGGAGGAUGUCCAGCUAAAAAGCUCCGGUCAGAAAACGGCAGUGAUGGUGACUCAGUGGAUAAGAACAAAUGCUGCACACUAUGUAACAUGUCCUUUACCUCAGCAGUGGUGGCCGAAUCGCAUUACCAAGGGAAAAUCCAUGCCAAAAGGUUAAAACUGUUGCUAGGUGAACAACCAGCAUUAAAGGCCACAGAAACCGCUCUGAGCUCCCUGAAGCAGCCGCACACGGAUAGUGCCCCGGUGGUACCGUCACCGCAUCAGCGGAGAGACUCGGACAGGUACUGCCAGCUCUGCGCAGCCUGGUUCAACAACCCCAUGAUGGCACAGCAGCACUACGAUGGCAAAAAGCACAAGAAGAACGCGGCCAGGGCCGACCUCCUGGAGCAGCUGGGCAAGACCCUGGACCUGGGAGAGCUGAGAGGCCUGAAGCGCAGCUACACGUGCAGCACCUGCAACGUCACCCUGAACUCGAUAGAGCAGUACCACGCGCACCUGAAGGGCUCCAAACACCAGACCAACCUGAAGAACCAGUAGCAGCUCGUCGGUCGAGACAAGGAAAACCACUGAGGCCUCUUCUGUGGAGAGGAGCUGGUCAGCAAGGAGAGGAUGCUUUCUCGGACAGUGAUCCUGUGUGGAUUCGAUAACUAACAUGUAACUAACCUUCGCUUUGGACAGAUACAUGGAUUUUUUUUUUUUAAUUUUGUGGUGAGUUAAAAUAUUUCAAUGGAUUUUUUUACCCUUCCAAGAUAAUAUUUAUUCAGCACAGAGUCUAAGAGUAUGAUAACUAUCCUGUAAAUACAGCACUUAAUCAUCACUCAUCUUCAGAGACAGUGGAAACAAAAUAUUUUACUUUUUCGUAUUUAUUCUUAGAUUUCUCCCAAGAGUAUAAAGUUAUUCUAUUACAUUAUCCAUGAUAGUGAUGUAAUCAGUCUUCAAUCAGAAAUAAACAUACUUUCUUCACCUUCUCCAGCAUGGUUUGUGUCAACACAUAAAGAGCAACAAAAAGUGAAUCACGGGGAUUGUGUAACGGAUGAAUCUUUUCCUUUCCUCUCUGUCUUCAGAGAAACAAACGGUUCACUGAGCAAAGAAAACUAAAAUGAAAGCGUAAAGUCGUUUUCCUGCCGGUAGGAUUCCUACAGGCUGGACGGGAACCACUCGCUUUACCGACUUUGCUGGUGCCGACCCCAAGCCAGACGCUGCUCUGCCCCUUCCCGGGAGCGGGCGGCCCGCCGGGAUCGCUGCGGGGACGGCGGGACCGGGCGGGACCGGGCCAGCCCGCACCGGCGGCACCGGCUGCGAGCGUGGGGACGGCGGAGCGGCGGUGGGACCGGCGGUGGGACCGGCCGUGGGGACGGCGGAGCGGCGGCGGGACCGGCCGUGGGACCGGCCGUGGGGACGGCGGAGCGGCGGCGGGACCGGCCGUGGGGACGGCGGAGCCUGGUCCCGGGACACCGAGGCCGACGGUCGCGGACCCCGGAGCUGCCGUCGCUGUGCCACGGGUGCUGGGCUGGUGGCCGCGGCAGAGCGAGCCCGGUGGGUUUGGCGCUGGGGCAGAGUCCUCCGUGCCCCGGGGCGGAGGGUCCGGCGCUCCCGGAGCCGCGCUGGCGGCCGCGGGGCCGCCCCAGCCACUCGCGCCGAGCCGCGGGUGUCCCGCCGAGCCCCGGCACUUCCCCGCCGCCCGGGCGGAGGGUUUGGGCCCAAGCCUUUCCCCGCCCCAGAAAGCCCUGUACGGUGAGAGGGGAAGCGCUCAGCGGGGGCAGCCCUCGGGGGCGUUCGGAGCUGGAUGUGUCAGAGACCCCCCCGAGUGCCGGGUGUCUCUGGCAGCCCCUCCAGCCCGGUUCCCACCGUGCAGCAUCCCCACCCAACAGCUCCGCAGCCGGGGGCCCCGUGGCAGAGACUGUGGCUCAGGGGGUCCUCGCAUAGAGGGAGGACAACGCUCAGAGGAUUUGAAAGGAGAAAAAAUUGACCCAAAACCAGCCUUAACCGUCCAAGAGGAACGCUGGUUGUGCAGACCCCAGCCUGGUCCCCGUCUGUAGCAGUCUGGUGCUCAUCUAUAGGGAAGGGCUCCCUGGCUUUGGGGGAAGCAGAAACAAAGGCAUCUCUAUCCACUGGAAAGAGGGAGCUCACAAGGAUUUUAGUUUUUCUACUGCAGUCAGCACAAAGAGACCAGGUUUCUCACCAAACCCGCUGCAAUGCAAAGAGCUCCAAUAAAUGAUCCGGUUUCACGCAGGCACCAUGAGCAAUGCAAAGCAAACCUCGCUGUGCCCUGUUACACAGGCUCGGUGAGUGCACUUUGCAUGCAGAGAACCUGCCUUGUGAAUGCUGCUAGAGAUUAAGCACCACCUUUUUAAGGAGCACUCUGGUUGUUUUAUACAUGUGUAGCAGCACAAUUCUUCUGAGACUGGCCAUUUCCCUGUUUCUGCAUCUCUGAAAGAACAGGCUUUGACAGUUCCUUUCUGUGCACACUUGGCUAGAAGCUCUCUCAUGUCUUUGGAACGGAGCAGUGACAUGUACGUAUCCAUCAGUUCAUAUACCAGGAAUCCCAGCAAGGUGCAAAUCCACUUCUCCAGCGUCUCAAGGAAGAGCAGUGACCUGCUGCUACGGGCUCUGCAUCGGGGACACUUUUAAUUUAAUCCACAGCUCACGGCUGUGGACUGCAGAGGCUCCUGUACCUACAGCUUUCUCCCGUCUGAAAGCUCGUGGCAGCAGGGAGGUGCCUGCAAAAUGGAGCCGUCCCCUGCACUGCGCUCCGGGUCUGUACUUCGCAGUGCACCAGCCUGCAGCGUCUCAUUUCCUCUGCCUUGCUAAGGGGAUCUUAUCAGAGAGAAGGAACUGAGUUGGAAGAGAGACCUUUGCUCUCCCGGAGACUGCCUGGAGCUCGGCUCGUGGGAGCCUGGGCCCCAGCUGGGCUGCGGGUGUGCUUGUGCCCUCAGUCCUGCGAAGGGAAGGGUUGGAUGCACUGCAGAAUCUGGUUGUUUACUCUUUGGGGAUGCUAAAAGAUACUGAUAGAAGCUCUACAUGAUUAAUUUGUGCUCUUGCAUCAAUGCCUUUCAUGUGUGGAGGAGAAUGGGUUGUUCACAGAUGAGUAAGCAUCUCCUUAGGUUUCAUAGCUGUGGGGCUGUUUCAUUUAUUGUGUUUUGGGUAAUAACAUGAGACACCAGUGUUUCUGAAGCUAAACUGCCUCUUUACAGAGAGAAUGAUUUACAGAAAUAGGGCACAUCAUUCAUGUGUAUGCAGCCUGGCUUUUUUGAGCCUUCUUCCCUCCAAAUUCUUCCUUCCCGCAGCCUAUGCUCCUUCCUCCAAGCUGCACCCAGGGUGCUGCAGAGGUGAUUUUAUCAGGAGAGGGAAAAAAAGAAUCUUCCAACUUGUGUGUUCAACUAAUCAUUACAAGCUAAUUGCAGCAAAUUAAUUACAGCACAAACACAAUUUCUUUCCCUAGGCAGGUGUGUAGACAGCUCUGAUGCUGCUGCAGUGAGCUGGGUUGAACGCCGGUGCGAUACCCAGCCUGUACCAGUCAGUUUGUCCCUCUCCCCCGGCUGUCCAGCUUGGCCUGGAGUUGGUGGCUUGCUUGGUCUAAGAGAAUGGCCGAAGACAGGGGACCUGCCUCUAAUUUAGAAAAAUCUAGAUUUUUAUGCCACUCUGUCAGCUUUCAGGUAGAUGGCUUGACCCGUGACACUGCAGGGGCGGAGCAGAGAUGUGCGUAUGCAAGAGCAGGAGGGUCAGCGCUGCGGGCGAGACUGCCACGUCCCGCACCACCCAGCCCUGCUGAGCAAGAGGCGUGUGAGGCAGGAAUGGGAUGCCCCAUCACACCCCUCUGCUCUGUCCUGUUUCAAACUGGAGUAUCUAGAGCAGCACAGUAUUUGCAUCUGCUGCCAAUAUUGUCCUGGUCCAGUCAAUCAGGCUUUGGUUCCUAAAUCCUUCUAAUCUCUUGCUUUUCCUAAGUUCAUUAGGCCUUCAAAGCAAGACAUAAAAGACAAAUCUCCUCGUGGUAAGUCGGUGAUCCCUGCAGAAAUGCCUUCAGAUUGCGUGCUCUUCUCUGAUGUUGAGACUAGUACACCACCCAGGCUUAAACGUUGUGUGCAGAUAAGUUAGAGAUCUUAGAAAAUGGAUGCAGUGCAACCAUCGCAUCCCCCAAGGUUACUUUAAAUUGAAGGGUGAAAACACUUGCAUAUAUUUUUCUCCAUUAAAAAAACCUAAAAACAUCGUCUGCAUUUUUCAGGCAGAACAUCUAUAAAUUACAGAAUUUAAUUUUGUCUGUUCUGGCCAAACAUUUUCCCAGCUUAAAACUCUGUGCAAGAUAUUCUGUAAAGAAAGUAAAUUACAAUAAUUAAGUGUCGGUCUGGCUGUGUCUUGCAACACACACAUUUCUAAGGAGCAGUGCUAACUGGAAUACUGCUGGCACUGGGAGACAGCUGGAAAUGUGAUUAUUAACACCAAAAACUGUAGUCUUUUAGAUGUGUUUCAUUAGAGUUUUGUAGCACACACUAAUACUCCUUUUCAGUCUCUAGUGCAACUACAUUAGGUUACGUUUCAGGAGGCGAGAUGCUAACUUACUGUAGUGUUUUAUGCUCAGGCAUAAUACAGCACAAAUAAUACACGUUUUUUAACUGGCUUCUUGUGCUAAGGCAAUAGAGCUCUAUGGCAACAGUGUGUAAAGUGACUCUACCGUGAUACACGCUACUUAACACAAAGAAAUUAAUCACGGGAGAAGAAUGCUCCCAGUACGUAAGUGGUACUUUCUUUGUUAAGUUCCUAUUGCAUCAACUUAAUUAGCAAGUCCUGACCUUUAAAACCACCUUCCAUAAUCUUCAAAUUAUGUAUGUGGAUGUCUGCAUUCCUCCUCCUGCCUGUGCUAGCAGCUUUCUGCUCUUGUCUGGGUUCAUUGAACUCCUCAAGUGUGUGGCCAGCUGAAAGUCCUCUCCCACCAGUGAGGGGCUACUGGGAAUCUCCAGAUCUGCGGCAGAUCUGUGAGGUAGGGAGGACCCAAUAUGGUGCUUAAACAUUGGGGAUCUCAAGAGAAAGAAGGCGAAUAUCCAUUAACAUUGCAGAGUGUCCCUCACUUAAAUUACUGCACUGAGCUCAACUGCAAGACUUUAGGAUAAAUUUUCUAGUCUAAUUUCCAUUUCCAGUGUCAGAAUAGGGAUGAUGGAGCUGGUCCUGUUGACCCAGUGAUGUUUAUCUUUGCUGUGUUCUCCUGGCUUUAAGGAGCUGGGUUGGGAGACAGCUGCAGAUCUUUUCAAGCCAGAACAAUGUAUUGCACUUUUACACUGCUUUCUUACAUAUUACUUGAACCCUAAGUCACAGGAGAUCUAAAGAAAAUUCUAUAAAAUUCCUUCUCUAUAUCAUAUUCUUAUUUCCCCAGCACCUUUGUGCAUCUCAUAAUCCUGCCAGUACUACUAAAAAUCAUCUCUGAGUGCAGCCGGCUUGUACUACUGCCAGGACCUCAUUCCGUAUCCUUCAACAGAGGGGCUGCAGACUGGGGUUUUGCUAAAGGCACGGGGCAGAACGUGAGCAGCUGACGCUGAACAGUUAUCCUGGACAUCUCUCCAUGAUGGUCGUGUUCCCUCUCACCCCGCUUCGAUGUGGUGACCACAGAUGCGAAGCCUUACAAGUAAUCAAUCCCAUACUGUCUUUGAUGGGCCUAUUAUCACACGCUGUCUGGUGAAGGAGCAUGCUUAACGUCGUCAGUACAACACAUGGGAGAGCCUUAAUUGCACCAGGGUCUUUAAUGACCCCAGCCAGCCUCAGCUGGUCCCCACACCCCCACAUCCCCCACCCACUGGUCCUGGAGCUGCCGUUAAGCUCCGUCUGUCCCCCCAGCCGUUCCUCCAGCAGACUGGUGGGAGCUGCCGCAGCCAGUGCUCCCCAGUAAAGGCGGGGGGGAGCUGCAGGUCCCCAGCUGCGGCGGGGGGGACGCGGCUUGGCGCCAGCAGAGCAGGUACCCGAGCAGGGCUGGUGCCUGCAGCCCGCCCUGAGCCGAAAUGCAGAGCUGGGUGAAUUUUUAGCAGUGUCUGUGAGAAGCCUGCCCCGGAGGACUCUUUGCAGACGCUUUCCUGGAGACUUUGCUUGGGCGGGAGCAGCGGGGAUGGUAGCAGCUCGCUCGCCUGGGUGGUGGUGGUGCGGGCUGGGUUUGCCGUGCCAGUGCUUCAGAGGCAGCAGUUUGAGCAGCACCCCCUCCGCGGGCCGCUGCUCGCUAAUCGGGCCUUGCAGCGUGCUCUUGGGUCUUUGACAAUAGCCUUUGUCUAAUAUGUUUUUAAUCAGCGUGUGCAUUUCAAUUUGCAUGUUAAUAGCAAGGAGACGGUAUUAUAUGCCGCUGUUGAUGAGAUGGUUGUCAAGCCUAUCUUUCCAGUCUGAGGAAAGAAAGAAACUGCAUCUAUUGUAUAAAAAAUGAAAUUGCAGAAAACACAUGUUUAGGAUCUACCAUUCUCUGCCUCUAUCUUUCUUUAUCUCUGCCUUUAUUUUUCUCUUAAUAGCUCAUAUGGAUGCAUUCAUUAAUCCUUCUUUUUUUUUUUUUUUUCCCCUUAGAACAAGGAUCAUUUAACAGGAGAAUAAGACAAGAUUUUGUGCCUGUUGUGACAGCUCUAAGCUAGCCUAAAUAUCACAUUUUUACUGGGUGUUUUUGACUUCUUAGACAGCAAAAGGUUGACCCAGUCUAGGAGCCCAUUUAUUGGAGCUGACCCUAGCAGAAUAAUUAAAAUGCCAGUAAAUAACAAUGGCAGAGCUCACUCUCCAGAUUUUGGCUGGUUUUUCACAGCUGACACAAGUGUUGGCUUCAUCAGCCCAGUGCCACGAGUGGGGCGCAGCAGCGGCGCCGUCGCUCGCAGCCCGUACAGCAGCGGUGGUGCUGGGGGGCACCGGGAGUGGGCAGAGCGUGGCCCUGUGCAGGGAGGAGCGUGAGGAGUGAGGGCUCGUGGCACUGCUCAGAACAAACCCCGAGUACAAGCUCCUCGUGCUGGCAGUGGUUUCUACUCCUCCCCUUUGUUCGAGCGCAGAAGCAGCAGUGCUCUCGUCCCGCGUCCUCGGGCAGAGGGAAGGGGUGAUGUUUUGGUGUGCAAUUUAGCAGCUGAGCUCCGUGGGCUUCCAAUUCACAACCCUUGCUGUCCGUGCUUAAUCCCAAAUCACCGCCACAGCUUUUCUGCAGAUCACAGCAAGGGGAGAUUAUUUAUCCUGUAUUCAUUCUGCUUCUCCCUUUCCUUGACUUUUUCCUGCUGUUUCAGAUGCACAGACCUUCUGCACAGCCACUUCCCCGGCCUCUCCCGGCUUUCAGCUUUGGGAGGUGAUUUUCUGUGCUCUGGUUUUGCACUCCACUUUCCCUCCCCCGUGUCUCAGGAGGAAAAUGGCCUGGAGGCAAAGAGCCAAGACUGAAAGGAGACAGAUGAAAAGAGAAACUAAAGAAAUGGGAAACAAAAAAAAAAAUUCUAGAGGAAAAAGCACAUCCCCGCCUGCCAGGCUCCACUAAUUGCUGUCGUAGCUCCCUACCAGAGAAGGGGGCUGGAGGAGAAGCAAAACCUGUUGGGCAGCAAGGGUGGGUGGUGGGGAGCAUGCUGAGUGCUGCUGGAGAGGUAGAGGCAGCCUUAAGUCAAGUUCAGGUUUAGCAUCACUAAAUCUUAAGCAUGCUUUCCUAAUCUGGCAUCAAAGGACACCGACGGUAAAGGGUUAUUUGGAAAGGAGAAUGGGGAGAUAUAUGUACUUUUUUCUCCAGUCUCCUCUGCCAACAAAGAUUCAUUGCUGAUCUGGAUGAGGAGCAAGGGGGGGAGCACCAAGCUGCUGCAGCAGGAAAGGGGGUCCCCCUGCUCCUGGCUCCUGUUGCUCUGGAAGGGGCAGGGCAGAAGAUGGGGAAAGCCACUGUCCGUCCUCUCCAGAGCAUCCCCGUCUGCUGUGCAAAAUGCCAGCAGCAGGCACGUGACUGGAGACCAGGACAGGCACCGCUUGUGUAAACUCUACAUAAAUAUUGAGUGACAAUAUUUUGAAAGAGGAACCUCUCCGAUCUGUGAGCAGGGAGGCAGCAGAACUAGAGGUUUUCAAUCACACCAGCUCCAGAAGAAAAGAAGCGUGGCUGCUAAUCUGAAAUCAGUCUGCAGCUUCUGCAGCAGGACAAAAGGAACAGUAUGACGUGGAUAAAAAGCCUGUGAGCAUUUGCGAUGAAGUGGCUGGAGGAAUGAGACCAAGCAAAAGUGUGGGAUGAAUGUUUCACUCCAGAGCUUCAAUCCAUUUAUAUAAUCAUAGUUGUUGUCAUAGUAAAUGUAAAUAACUGAAUGAGUUCAAAUUCAGUAUUUGACAACAGUGGCUCUUUGUUAGUACACACUGAAUUCUUGUGGAAAGCCUUUAUGUCAUCAGAAAAUCUAACAAUAUUUUAAACAGUUCUUUAGCCCUUUAGUCAGGCCCCUAUUGUGUGAUUUUUCUCACUCCUGGAAAUGAGGGCUAUAGUCUCCAAAGCACAAAGCCUCCUACAAGUUAAUGUGUUAAGAAAUUGCUUGAAUCAAAAAAUGUGUCAGUUUGGCAGCUUGCCUCUUACUGCAUCACUAUGACCUGUAACAAUAGCAAUAAUGUUAUGGUGAAAAUACAAAAAAGCUGGUUUGCACCUUGUCAGCCCAAGGCAACAAAUACCCAGGCUAACCUUAAUUUAUUUUUUGUAGGACAUGGCAGCCCUCGGCCCUCAGUGGCAUGAGAGACAGGCGCCAGAGCCACGACCCACCUCACCUGGCUGAGGAAGCAUCCUCUCCAGUUAGCACCGGUGGUGGGCUCUGGCCCCACGGGGGGCCGGCCGAGUGGCACGGUCACGAGUGGAGGUUUGCCAUGGGCCCGAGUCUGACAGGGGCUUCAGUCCAUCCGCACUCCCACUCCGCACCUCUGAGGUGCUGGGAGCGGGACCCUCGCCAGGCGGGGGGGAGGUAGAGCAGCCCCAGGCUGCCUGACCCCGCAGCAUCUCCUGAGGCCACGGCACAGCCCAACCCGCGCUGUCCGUCUGUCCUGGCUGUGCCCUGGUCCCGCUGGGGCAGGGGCAGCUCCCCUGGCUGGAGAAAAAUGCCCGUCCCACUGCAAUCGCUAGGCUCGGCGCAGGUGGGCUGCGGUGGGAAAAUGCUGCUCUGUGAGGUGAGGUGAUCACCUUGGGGUUGGAAGGGAAUUCUUCAAAGGCCGGGAGAUAGCUGGCAUUCAGAAAUAGAUGAGAACAAGCCUUUAUACCCAGAAAGGGAGAAAUAGUGAAAAGCUGGUUCAGAAUAGCAUCUUCUGUAAAGUCCUACUCUCACAUACUUUUUAAUGAGACUAGUUCUGGCCUUAAGAGACGAAUGACCUCAAUUCACCCACAGCUCUGUGCUAUUGAUUCAAUAGCUUCUCUUAAUGAGGAAAUUAUUAUCUUUGUUAGGGAAUGUGGAAUUUAGCAGGUGCACAGUAUUAAAUAAUGAAAAAGCAACUUUGCUAGUGCCAGGAAUAUGAUGGUGCAGUGCCAGGGAUGAGUGGGGCCCUCAGAUGGACUCUGCAAGGAUGCUUCCUUUAUGUCUGGCCUUGCAGAGCACAAAGUCUGAGAUGUUUGUGCCACUGGGCAUUUUGGUUUAGGCUGCCAGGAAGGAGGCUCCUGUUUUAAUAGGUACCACUGUGGAUUCUUCCUUGAGCCUGCCCUUGAAAGCAGCGUGAGGCACAGACACUGCUCAAGUCUAUGCCUUCCACUGUUUCUGCAGGUUUAAGCAGCAUGCACCUUUAGAAGUCUGGCCUAGUGCAGCUUAGAUCGUGCAUCUGUAAAUCGCCAGGUAGUGCUGUCUCAAUUUCUUCCCCCCCAUCAGUCACUUUAUAAUGCAGAUUUUUAGUUCAUUAGUGUGGUGAUGCAUUAAAAUGAAUCUCAGUAAAAAGGCAAUACCAAUUUAAAAUAAAAAAAAGAAAAACCCCCAACAAUUUCCCCCUAUCUCCAAAUUCUCAGGUUCAGUUUUGCCUUGACUCGGGCAGAGGCAAGGGCCAAUGUUCUGCAAGAUUCUGUCUGGAUCCCGGGUGGAUCUUGGUGCAGCCAGACAGCUUCUGUACCCCGAGCCCGGGGGUCCCGCGCGGACCGAUCACGGAGGGGUCCCCUGGCAGCAGUUCAGUGCAUGAAGCUGUGGGUGCUCGAGCCAUCCGGUGCUCGCAGCGCAGCCCGGUCCCCAGCCCUGGCGAUGCUGGGGGUGCUGGUGCGGCACUGACUUCGGGAUCCACCGCCUGGGACAAGACCAUGGAAUUAGAUGGUCAUUUGUCGUAUGUUACACCACUGCGUCAAAUAGGAAAAGGCAACAUAAAAGGGAGGACAGGUAUGCUUUCUCUGCUGGCAAGAGCUAAAGCAAAGCCACUUGUACAGGAAACCAAAAUCACCACUGAGCUAAACCCGUACAGAAUAGAGCUAAAAGGCGUUAUGACAUACCCUUUUCUAGUGAUUCUACUCAGUGGGCAUUGAAUAAUGGUUGACGAGCAGGGCAGUAUAAAUCACUGAAGUCUCUCAUACAGCCCAGCAGGCACUGAUGUGGCCUGGAAAGCUCCUUAAGCCAAGCUAUUAAAUCAUUUGCACGAAAAAAAGCAGACAAGCCCUGCUUUACCAGCAUGAACCAGCACUUUGGCAAAACUCAUCUUUAUUUUGAAUGUUGUCCUGAAAAACUCAUCUUUAUUUUGAAUGUUGUCCUGAACAUUACAUCUGUGGCCACUUACCAGUAAGUGCCUACAAGCUCUGAAAUCGAGAAGGCAAAAAUCACAGACUUGUGACCAAAGGCCUUUUUAUUUCCUUGUCCAAAUACCCUGGUUUCAGCCUUUCCCCAACACUACUUGGGUAGGACCCUGCUGGUGUUUUCUAGGAGUGGGCUCUGCGGAGGGCCGGGCAGCCCACGCACCCCUCCGUGCUCACCGGUGAGAUGCUGAGCUGACAUAAAGCCACCGUCGGUCCCCGGGGCAGGGGCCUGGCCCAGAGCCCUUCCCCAGCACAUCUGCCAAGGUCCUGCAGACAUGGACAGCAGGUAAUCGCUUGCACUUGUAUAACACUUUUCUUUUGAAGGAUGCUGAAGGCAGGCAUCCCAGCCUAGUCUCGGAGAACAGUCUUCACUCCCACCACAAAGUCCCCACUCAGCAGUAAUGCAGGUUGCCCAGGGAGCUGGUGGAGUCUCCAUCCCUGGAGAUGUUCAGAAGCCCUCGGGGCAGCCGGCUCGAGGUGGCUCUGCCUGGGCAGGGGCUGGACAAGUUGUCUCCAGAGGUGAGGAGUUGUCUCCCUUCCAACCCCAACCAGCCUGUGGCCCAGCAGAGCUGGGACUGGCUCGAGGAAGCCCUCCCAGCUUUGGCACUGGGGGGGGGGGGGGUUCUUUUGAUUUGUUUAGGAGGACAGGAUGCUACUAAAAUACUGCUUGAUCCAAAGAUGUUGCCCACAGGAUCUCUGCUGUUUCACACUUGGGCUGCGGGAAGUGCGCCGGCUGUUUUUGGCACGGCUGCUGGGAAGGGCAGCGGCGCGGCCCGGCGCAGUGCGGCAGAGGUGCAACAGCAGCAGGGCCAGAUGCUGAGCGUGGCUUCCUGGGGCUGCUACACGAAGCCUUCGGAGCUGGGCUGCGUGGCCACGCAAGGCGGGGAAGGGACCAGCCGGUGACUGUCCCCGCCCGUGGCUCCGCGCUCGGAACAGCCUGCGGUGCUGCAAGCCCACUCCGCUCCUCCGGCGAGGGACAACACGCCGUGCGGGCCCCCGGGAUGCUGCCGGGGCCCAGCCACCUCCUGCUGCUCGGAUCCGACCUGCCCGCGCCCCCGCCCCGGCCAGAGGUGACCCUGUGCCGGCCACCGAGCACAGCGAGCCCAGAAAUGAACCCGGCGGGAGCCGGGGCGGCGCUGCCCGGCAGAUGCGCGGCUGCCUUUGGGACACGGGUUUCCACUUAGCGGUUUCCUUCGGGCUGUAAUCACAGCGACAGUGAUGAGCUCCUGUUGACUUUCACCAUCAUAAUCGGUUCUGUGUAAUUUAGUAUUAGUGUUGCAGUAGUGAUGAUCUGAGGAUAUAGGCUAAUUCAAGUUUAUAGUGAAAUGUACUGCUUUUUUAUUAGAGUAUCCAAUAUAGUUAGAAAAUGGACAAGCUUUAGGGCACGCAGAUUCUUCUUUAGGUCUGAAACAGGAACAAUAAGCUUCAAGCUAUAUGUGGACUGGAAAAAAAAAUCAGCUUCAGUUUAACGUAAUUAUGGCAACAAAUUAGAAAGUUUGGAGGGAAAAGGUAGUAAGUACCUGUACAAUAAAGUAUAAACCUCAUGUAUUAUUUCAAAUUUGGGAGCUUUAAAUACUGUUACAACCAUUACCUAAUUUCACAGGAUUUGAAAUACGCUUUCUGUUUUGCAUUGGACAGAAAAUUGGAACUGUCACUUGACAGAUGUGAAUCGCACAUGCUGUGAUUUGUGUUUAGGGGGUUUUGUACAGUCCUCUCUGUUGCCAUUCAGUGUCGUGCAUUUUGUGCGUGAGAAUGCCCAACCUGGUAACUUCUGUUCUGAGAACAGGGUAUUUGCGCAUGUACCAUUUCUAAAGUGAGCACAAUCGUAGACAUGUAUUUCAAAAGGAAUGUUAAAAAUAAAUAAUUUGAAAUCUGUG